UAUCACUCUGCAUGGUUGGUAAUGUCAUGUGAUAGCUGACAGCAAAAUUGUUUGGGAGAAACGCACUAUAACAAACUUUACAGCUGAGAAGAACAGCAGGAAGUACAAAUCUAAAGAGGUCAGCUGCCUUUGUGUCUGACUGCUGUACUUUGGCCUGUUUUGUUUAAUUUACUAGGCUGCUGAAUUAGUGAAGCAGAAUGGCUGAAGUUGAGUCAUGUGCUCUGGAUGUACCAACACUGGAUGAGAUCUCUCAGGUCCUUCAAAAGGGAUUAGGAAACAAUUUCUCUGAAGUAUGUGUCACUAUUGUAGACUGCCCUGAUCUCACACAAGGACCCUUUGGCUUUCCUGUUAAAGGCUUGUGUGGAAAGCCCAGGAUUGCAGACGUAGGAGGUGUACCAUAUUUGGUACCUACCCCGAAACUUAACAAAAUUUACAACAUAAACACUGUGGCAAAGCAGAUUGAUCUCCCUGGGGCCUAUAUUCUAGGUGCUGGUGCAAGUUCCCACAGAAGCUUGGGAAUUAAUGCUGAGCUCAUUUUAUCUGUGCAAGCAGAAGGUCCAACUACACCGACUGUGAAUGGUAAUUAUGUUGCAAGUAUUAACCCAGAAGAUAGCAGCUGUUUGCUAGAGAAAUACAGAGAAAAACACAGUGAUAAUGAUUUUGGUCUCCUGUCCAACUUGUAUGCAAGUGAAGGAAAAGCAGGGAAGGUUAUUGAAGUUCAUGUAAAAAAAAGAACAGGCGACGAAAACUUUGUGAGCUGUAUGAGAAAAGCGCUGAAAGAGUAUUAUGGGGAGAGAGCUGUCGGAAUGGGUGGAACGUUUAUUAUACAAAAAGGGAAAGCCAAACUUCAUAUUAUGCCAAGAGAAUUUUCAGCAUGUCCUUUAAAUACUGAUGAUGAUGUGAAUCGUUGGUUGAAAUAUUAUACCAUGAGGUCCCCUUUGAUAUGUCAGUCAGUGUUUGUAUCUCAUGAUCCUGGUUUGGACUUGCGUUUGGAACACACUCAUUGCUUCAGCCACCACGGAGAAGGAGGACACUACCAUAAUGACACAACUCCAGAGACAGUCGAGUAUCUUGGUUACUUCCACCCUGCAGACAUUUUGUACCGUAUUGACAAACCAUCUGCUACUCACAUGGUUGGACGAGAUUAGGUUGAUUUUGCUUCAAGUAAAAUUCUAACAACAUAGGUCUUUUCUAAUAUUUUAUCAAUGAUUUACAAAAUAUUAUAAGUGUCGGACCUAUUAAAGGGACACAAAACCCAAUUUUUCUUCUUUUGUGAUUCAUGUAGAGCAUGCAUUUUUAAGCAAUUUUCUAAAUGUAGCUACCAAUUAGCAAGCGCUACCCAGGUGCUAAACUAAAAAAGGGCCCACUCAUAUGCUUACAUUCCUGCUUUUUCAGUAUCCUUUUAAUGUGGUUUUUUUUUAUGUUUUAGUAUCCCUUUAAUAAUAAAUCUAGCCCUGUUUGUGUAAUCAAUUCAAAUCCCAAACAUCUGUGUCCCUUUAAAUCACAUCUUCAAAACCAUAAGAAUAUGUUCAUUUUGUAGUAAAAAAUAUUUUGGAUAAAUUAAAUAAGGAUAAAAAAUGUUUUUAUUUCUGCUAUUCUCAAUUUAUGAACGUUAUAAUGUGAGUUCUAAUAAAUACCAAGUGAUAAACAAAGAGGGAAUGCAGAACUGAUCCGUGUUAAGACAUUUUUUGUAUAAAAAUUAACUGUAUAUGUUAAUUAGUAAUUGUAAUUCAAAUUAUGAAGACAGUUAUACUUUUUAUAUCAAUUUUCCAGUUGAUGUAUUUUUACAUUUUCUCGUGUUUAGAACAUUUUAAGUUGAUUUGAAAGUUAUAUUUUCCAAACAGAAAUAUUAAAAUAAAUUUAGGUUUACUACAUUUGUAUACAAUUCUAUAAGAUCAAAGUCAACAGUAUUUGACACUAUGCAUUGAAUAAACAUUUUUUCGAUUUUCA